AUGCCCCGGCUCGCCCUCUUCCGCCUGCCCACGAGGCUGCGCCGCCGCGUCCGCCGCAACCGCAUGGCCACCCUCGUCGCCCUCGCCGCCCUCGCCCUCGUCCUCGUCCUGCCCGUCUACUCGGUCUACUGCGUCUACAAGCCCCCGCGAUUCCUCAUGGGCUACCUGCGCGCCCGCUACCCGGACGUGCUGUUUGAGGAGCCCGCCGCCGCCGAAAAGGUCAUGGCUCUGUCUCUCGACGACGCCCCCUCGUCCCACACGGCCGACAUCAUGCAGGUGCUGCGCGACAACGCCGCUCGUGCCACCUUUUUCGUCAUUGGCGCCCAGGUCGACGGCCGCGAGGACACCCUGCGCCGCCUCAUCCGCGACGGCCACGAGCUCGCCAACCACGCCAUGCACGACGAGCCCUCGCGCAGCCUGAGCAACGAGCAGCUCGAAAAGGACGUCAACCAGGUCAAGGCCAAGCUCGUGGCCGCGUACGAGGCCGAGGCCAUGAUCCUCCCCAACAACUACUUCCGCCCGGGCUCCGGCUUCUUCAGCCGCCGCAUGCGCGACCUGCUCGGCAACCGCGGCUUCCGCAUCGUCCUCGGCAGUAUAUACCCUCACGACGCCCAGAUCCCCUACCCCUCGGUCAACGCCAGGCACAUCCUGAGCAUGGCACGCCCGGGCGCCAUCAUCGUCUGCCACGACAGGCGCCCCUGGACCGCCCCCAUGCUACGCAUCGUCCUGCCCGAGCUGCGGCGCCGGGGUUACCGCAUCGUCACCAUCACCGACCUGGUCAAGGCCACCGAGCCGCUCGGAGGACGAUGA